AGACUAGUAAAUGUGGAUGUUUAGAAGCCGAGUACUUCACCUGAGGGGUAAUUCUGGUGGAUGAGGCAGCGGCAUUAAGUAGGAAACUCAGGUUCACUGCCCCUCAUAAGCUGCAUAUGGUGAUCUAGAAACCAUAUGAACGUUACGCACAUGAUGGUGAAUCGUACCAAUGAGGUGCUAGUCGGAGCUUCCCCGCCUUCCUUUGUAUGCAUCUCUGGUAUCCCAUAACACAUUCGACAGUAGGACAGCCUAGAGAGGCCAAUCAAGAGCUCGAUGCAAAGUCAAACGAAUAGGGAUGCUGCGGAGCAUUCAUGGUGGCUUGCAAGUCAUGAUUGGAGUGUUCUUCCUCACUUUGUCUACUGGAGCAACUCGUCCGUUGGAAUAUCUAGUACUUACUCGUAUCACUAAGAGGGCACCAGGCGAGCUCUGGACUGCGAGAGCAGUAAAUAUGGGGAAUUCUCUCCGUGUGAAUCGUACGUACUCGAAAAAACCGUGGAAGAUCGAUCCAUUGAAGCCUCCCACGUCAAUGCAUGGUACAAUGACGAGAAAAUGCAGCACUGCACACACUACGAUUUUGACCUUCGUAAAGAUGUUUCACAAAAAGCGGCUCGAUGAAGGGCAACGUAUCGGGAGGCAGAAGGAUCAUGUAGUGUAUCAGCUGAAAGCAUCGUGCAGGGGCGUUCUGAUGCAAUUGCGGAGCUAUCCGAGUGCAUCAGGGUCUGGAGGCAGUAACCAUAGCGAAGAUCUGAAAUCCUUGAUGUCACAUUGACUGUUCCUGGCCUGUUACGGAAUAUCUGAGGAUGAGCUAAACUUCGUAGAUCAGUCAACUAAAGUUGACGAAUCCCAUCGUCGCUGUUAGAGAACGACGGAAGAGACAUGAUGUUCGCGGUUUGAGUCGUGGUGAUGUCACUAACUAUGCCAAGCGGAAGGCAUCGAUUUGUGC